CCUUGGCGUUCCCAGUCGGACCAAUCACCGGCCGCCUGGGGGCGGGGGCUGUUGCCAAGACAGCGAGGAGGCGGGAGCGCUCGGUGGGCUGAGAGUACAGAGCUGAGCUGCAAACUGGAAGCUGGCAAGACAGGACAGAUUCUGUUAAGAGUCCAUUUUUAGUGAAAAAGCAUUGAGCUUGGAGCCAAGACCAACUUCUUAUUAAUUUGAUAUUGUGCAAGUCAUCUUACCUCUCCAGAUCUCAGUUGCCUCAUCUGUGAAAAGGAGAUAAAAAUUCUUAAUUUAUCUGAAGAUGAGGUGGAGUACCAUCCUACAGCAAUAUUAUUUUCUCUUGGUUACAUGUCUACUUACUGCUCUUGAAGCUGUGCCUAUAGACAUAGACAAGACAAAAGUAAAAGGUGCUCAGCCUGUGGACAGUGCAAAGAUAGAACCACCAGAUACUGGACUAUAUUAUGAUGAAUAUCUCAAGCAAGUGAUUGAUGUGCUGGAAACAGAUAAUCAUUUCAGAGAAAAGCUCCAGAAAGCAGACAUAGAGGAAAUAAAGAGUGGGAGACUAAGCAAAGAGCUUGAUUUAGUAAGUCACCAUGUGAGGACAAAACUUGAUGAACUGAAAAGACAAGAAGUAGGAAGGUUAAGAAUGCUAAUUAAAGCUAAACUGGAUUCCUUUCAAGAUACAGGCAUAGACUACCAUGCUCUUCUAAAACAAUUUGAUCACCUAAACCACAUGAAUCCUGACAAGUUUGAAUCUACAGAUUUAGAUAUGCUAAUCAAAGCAGCUACAAGUGAUCUGGAAAACUAUGAUAAGACUCGACAUGAAGAAUUUAAAAAGUAUGAAAUGAUGAAGGAACAUGAAAGGAGAGAAUAUUUAAAAACACUGAAUGAAGAAAAGAGAAAAGAAGAAGAAUCUAAAUUUGAAGAAAUGAAGAAAAAGCAUGAAAAUCAUCCCAAAGUUAAUCAUCCAGGAAGCAAAGAUCAACUAAAAGAGGUAUGGGAAGAGGCUGAUGGAUUGGAUCCUAAUGACUUUGACCCCAAGACAUUUUUCAAAUUGCAUGAUGUCAAUAAUGAUGGCUUCCUUGAUGAACAAGAAUUAGAAGCCCUAUUUACUAAAGAGUUGGAGAAAGUAUAUGACCCCAAAAAUGAAGAGGAUGAUAUGGUAGAAAUGGAGGAAGAAAGGCUUAGAAUGAGGGAACAUGUAAUGAAUGAGGUUGAUUCUAACAAAGACCGACUGGUGACUCUAGAAGAGUUUUUGAAAGCUACAGAAAAAAAGGAAUUCUUGGAGCCUGAUAGCUGGGAGACAUUAGAUCAGCAACAGUUUUUCACAGAGGAAGAACUGAAAGAAUAUGAAAAUAUGAUCGCCUUACAAGAAAAUGAACUUAAGAAGAAAGCAGAUGAGCUUCAGAAACAAAAAGAAGAACUACAACGUCAGCAUGACCAACUCGAGGCUCAGAAGCUGGAAUAUAAUCAGGUUAUACAGCAGAUGGAACAAAAAAAAUUACAAGAAAUUUCUCCAUCAGGGCCUGGUGGAGAAUCAAAGUUCGAGCCACUCAUUUGAAGUCUGAAGUCCACCAGAACUUGGAAGAAAACUGUAAAAUCAACAUCUGUGUCAUCUUUUUACUUCCCUUCCUUUUUCUCUACUCAAAUAUUUUAAAACAAAUGGAAUAAAGGAAGAUACUUUU